GUGGCACCGAGCUGGACCAGUUGUGUCUAUAUACAGUAGUGUAUAUUCACGUAUAUUUCAGUCUUCUGCAGUGACUAUGUAAAGAAACAAUAGAUAAUGUAAUCCAAAGAUUUAUUAUCAUCUUAAUUCCAUUUAUACCGUAUAUUGUAUACCUCUUGAUGUGGUAUGGAAACUGUUUAGGUCAAUGUUUACUAAUAUACGAUGCCGACGAAGAAAGGUAGUUUUUCUAGAUGAAGUUGAGAUUAAAGAACGCUGCCCAUAUAAGAAACUCACUGCUGGAUCUUUAUAAUGACUUUGGAUGACUGGAAGUUGGGUGUGACAGUCUGCAAAUCCCACUCAACUCCAUCUAGAACUAGAGUCAUACUCAACGAGUGGCGGUAUUAUUGGAAUGGAAUUAUCUGCGCUUGGUUUUAAGACUGUUCAGACCAUCUUGGUUUUAAGCGGUGUCCAUUGACUCUUCAGCCUCGUAAGUAACAGGCUUACAGAGUCUUCUGGCUUUGAGGCAGGAGUUUUUUGAACUUCAGGAUAUCCUGAACCACUUUUCUCAGGAUCGUAUGGUCGACUGCAAGUCAAAGAUUAGUUCGUACCAUCAGUGAAGAUGAGCGUUGAUGCUCCACCUCGCGAGUCGUCCGUAACCAAUGGAACUGCAAACGGCCUUGGUUCAUAUGAGAACAUACCGAGGAGGAACUCCCUAGACGUCAGGAGACCUCAGAUGACGUCCCAGAAUGGUGUCAUCACCAUCAACGGCGACUCCAACAUCCCAAGGAGCGUGAGUCUGCGGAGGGCCAAGUCCCUCACCAAUGGGCGUAGGGAUUCCCGACCGAGGAGGUACUCCGUGGUCGACCUUGAGGACCCCAGCAACAACAUCAAUUGCUACGACGCCCGCGUAGACGUCUCCAACUUAAAUGGCCGGUCCUCCUCCUGCGUCGCGAAGAAGCCUCCCGUGAGCUACAGGAUCCCUGAGGACGCCGAAGAGGACGAGGUCGACUCCACAGUCGUGAAGAAGGCCAGGGAGGGCCUCUUCAACACCGUCACCCUGAAGAGGAACCUUUCGGAGAGCUUCAGGAAGGUGAGGGGCCUCGGCGGUCGCAGGGACAGUGACCCAGACCGCGAGAAGAAUUGGUCGAGGAACACCUCCGGCACCUUCGUGCAGUUCCAGGACGAGCUCGGAGACUGGCAGAGGCACAGCAUCCGUCGGGGGUCCAAGUUCGAGCCCUACGACUUCACUUUCAAGGUCAUGCUCAUCGGCGACUCCUGCGUCGGCAAGACCUGUCUGUUGACCCGAUUCAAGGACGGGAAGUUCCUCUCCGGCUCUUUCAUCUCCACGGUUGGCAUCGAUUUCCGGAACAAGGUCGUGACCGUAGAUGGGUCAAAGGUCAAAUUGCAGAUCUGGGACACGGCAGGUCAGGAGAGAUUCCGCAGCGUGACCCACGCUUACUAUAGAGAUGCACACGCAUUGCUCCUCCUGUAUGACGUCACCAGCAAAAACAGCUUCGACAACACUCGCGCCUGGUUGGCAGAGGUCCACGAAUACGCCCAAGAUGAUGUUGUCAUUAUGUUGAUAGGCAACAAAUGUGACGUGAACGGAGAUAGAGUGGUCAGGAGGGAAGACGGCGAGAGACUGGCCAGAGAGUACAACGUAGCCUUCAUGGAAACUUCGGCUAAGACAGGCCUCAACGUCGAUCUGGCGUUCAUGGCCGUUGCAAGGGAGCUGAAGGCCCGGAAAUCGACGAACCCCUCAGACCGAAAGUUCAACGUGGCGGACUACGUCAGACAAGAGGCCAGAGGGGAGAGUUGUAACUGCAACGUCGGCUAGCAGGAAACUACUACAGUCAUUACAGCAAUCACAGCAGUGUUCACAGCAUUCACAACAGCAGCAGCAGAAGCAGUAACAACUCCGGAAGUCACUCGUGACCGUGUCAUAAUUCGCAGGGGGCGUAUGGUGGUCCUCCUCGUCUGCAGCCGAAAUUCGAAGACUCAGUGAUUCCGAGUAGUAAGAGUUUCCCAGCUGAGAGGAUUAUAUAUAUAUAUAUAUAUAUAUAUAUAUAUAUAUAUAUAUAUAUAUAUAUAUAGAAAAUGUAUGUGUGCGUGCGUCUGUACGAACGUUUAAAAAAAGCCUUUCGCGAACGACACCCUAAAGAAAUAUAUUACCACCACGAUACGCUUACAUGUAACUAAGAGGUGUUUAUCUCCACCUCGUGCUUGAAUAUAUCUGUCUAAAACGAAUUAUAUAUUAUAUAUAAUAAUUCUAUAUAUAUAUAUUAUAUAAAUCAGCUGAUUCGCGUCAUCUUGCGUAACGCUAGGAAGGACAUUUUUGAGUAGAUGUAUCUAUAUUUUGAAUUUCAGAGCCUAUAGCAGACCAUCUUAUAUAUUUAAACAGGAAAUAUCUGAUCAUCUGGUCUGAACUUUGAUGCAAUUUAUGAAUAAUUCUUUAGGGCAAAUCGUAUUAUUGAUUUUUUCAACUUAUAAAAGUACAUGGAGAAGGUAUUUCCUACGUCUUUCCUUCAGUGAGAGAAUGAGAGAGUGAGAGAGAAAGUUCUCCAAGGUACCGUAAUCCGUUCUGUCUCUCUCCGAUGUGCUCCUGAGAACUUGAGGAAUCACAUGAUGAUGCUCACUAUAGCCAGUAACUAAACGACCCAUAUUGUAGGAAACACAUUAGUCGAUAUAACUCUUUAAAAUUUGGGUUCUUUCGCGAACAGCAGGAGACUGUCUUUCUCUACAAACAGUGGGCAACUGCCGUUCUCUACGAACAGCAGGAAACUGCCGUUCUCUACAAACAGCAGGAAACUGCCGUUCUCUACGAACAGCAGGAAACUGCCGUUCUCUACGAACAGCAGGAAACUGCCGUUCUCUACGAACAGCAGGAACCUGCCGCUUUCCUUGAAUCCCACACGGUGACAGUGACGAUAAAUUCGACGUUAAAAACCUUUCAUCCAAAAGCGUUCAUUCAUUGUCAAGUAAUCCUGUAAAGAGGCAACCAAAAAACAGCCAUUUUAUUUCACCACGAGAUACAUUUUUCAUCGCGUGGACCGACUUGUUGCUUUCUAUAUCGUUCUCAAGGUUAUCAAACAGUCCAUUUACUAAGACGAAUUAAUACUUUGAAACGAACCGCUGAUUAACGGGUAGCCAUGUAUAUACGUACGUAUAUGCUUUCGCUGCUGUACAUACGUAUAAGGACAUAAUUGAAUGAGUUUGUGUACAAGAAAUGUAUGAAUAUAUAUACCUAUUUGCGCAUGCAUACACUAACAUAAAAAGUUCCGUUAUAAUGUGGACACGCUAUGAAGGUACGUAAAGAUCUGAAAAUGAAAAGAUAGAGUCAGCGAACAUUAAAGCUUUAUGGUGGUACUUUACGCUUAAUUCGGAAGUAAAGGCUUCACGGCUCUUUUGUCAGACUUCUAUAAAACUGUAUACAGCUCUAUAUAAAGCUCUAUAUAAACUAGAGUUGUUAGAGUUUGCCACGGGUGACUAUAGAAUAUGUGGUGUCAACUUACGCUUAAGAUGUAAAAGUAGUUUUUUUAUUUAUUUUAUAUAUAUUUUUUAGUUUAUCUUAUUCUUUUAUCAUUACACAGAAUAUACCCUUUGAUAUGAGAUAGAUGUUUUGGAUGAUAUUAUCGUUAUGGUGUUACCGUAAAAUGACGUACGGCUCUGCUCCAGAAACCAAUUGCGUAUUUGCAUCAUAAACUGCAAUUUCACCCUAUAACCUUUAUAAAAAUCAAAGAAUGUUCAAUUCAUAAACAUUCUCAUGUAAUAUUUGUUUUGCUUUUACGUUCAGGAAAGAUAUUAACCGUUAAAAUUGAAAAUUGAUUUACGUAAAAAAAUUCCACUAGCCAAGACGAUGUACCUAUACCGUUUCCCAAACUCACGUUUUGCAGUGGCAUGAGAGAGAGAGAGAGAGAGAGAGAAUUUAGGAAUUAAGUCCUCAAACCGACUAGUCCCCUCAGAGUGAAGAACAUUUUCUAUGAUGAAAACAAAAUAUAUUUGUGCCAAUGUUUGUAUAGAGAUUUGUUUCCUUGUAAUAUAUUUCCUGACCUGUAGUAAGAGAGAGAGAGAGAGAGAGAGAGCAGUGGCUGGUAACUUCCUAACCUGUGGUAGGGAAAGAAGGAGAGAGCGAGAGAGAGCAAAGGCUUGUAACUCUUUCUCCCCCCACACCUAAGAUAAUGAUAAUCCUAAUUUAUCUAUAGAAUGACAGAGAGAGAGAGAGAGAGAGAGAGAGAGAGAAGGGGCUCCUCUCGCGUAUGUUAGGUUAGGUUAGGUCCAAAGAUCAAUCUGUUUUGUCCUGUCUCGUAUUUGUAAGAGCACCUCUAGCACUCGUCAGUGCUAACUAUUAUCAUUAUACGCACUCAUUAUUUGUACCCAUAGAUAAGUAUAUAUUGUGAUUAAGAAGU